GGGCAGCUAGCUAGGGAGCUGGGGUGAGAUGUGCUGUGCUCACCCUAACCAUACUCUGACGAGGAAAGCUGGUGAAGUCUCCUAUCUUACAGUUGAAAGGUCAGGCCCUGGAGGCCUAUAUAACCCAUAUGAGAUCUCUUUCUAGGGUUCCCAGGAGCCGAGAUGCCCAUCUGAGCCUGAUCUUCCUGAAGAUCUUUGGGAAGCUCACCUUCCAAGACUCCCCAUGAUGAGCAGCAUUGAUUUUUCUGGGUCCCCACAUUGCUUAGGGAAACAGGUUCCUCCAGCUCCCAUUGGCAACAUUUUGUGCUUACCCUGAGAAGCUGGGUCAGGCCACUGUGCCAGGUGUCAGGCUUAGCCCAGAGAGAGUGAGGUGGAGGAGGCCAGCCAGGUCCUCUUCACAUAAGCUCUCAGGCAAGCUCCUCAGGGCAGCAGCUCCUCAAGGCCCCAGGAACAUGGCUGUCCCAUGGCUAGUGCUACUCCUGGCAUUGCCCAUCUUUUUCCUGGGGGUCUUUGUCUGGGCUGUCUUUGAGCACUUCCUCACCACGGAUAUCCCUGCUACCUUGCAGCAUCCUGCCAAGUUGAGAUUCCUGCAUUGCAUAUUCCUCUACCUGGUCACUUUGGGGAAUAUAUUUGAGAAGCUGGGAAUUUGCUCCAUGCCCAAAUUUAUUCGUUUUUUACAUGAUAGCGUAAGAAUUAAAAAGGACCCUGAACUUGUGGUGACCGACCUGCGUUUUGGGACGAUACCCGUGAGGCUGUUCCAGCCCAAGGCAGCAUCCUCCAGACCCCGGCGAGGCAUCAUCUUCUACCAUGGAGGGGGCACAGUAUUUGGGAGCCUGGAUUGUUACCAUAGCCUGUGCAAUUAUCUGGCCCGGGAGACUGACUCUGUACUUCUGAUGAUUGGGUACCGCAAGCUUCCUGACCACCAUUACCCUGCCAUUUUCCAAGACUGCAUGAAUGCCUCCAUUCACUUCCUGAAGGCCCUGGAAACCUAUGGGGUGGACCCCUCCAGGGUUGUGGUCUGUGGAGAAAGCAUCGGAGGCGCAGUGGUGGCUGCCAUCACCCAGGCCUUGGUGGGCAGAUCAGAUCUUCCCCGGAUCCGGGCUCAGGUUCUGAUUUAUCCAAUUGUCCAGGCAUUCUGUUUGCAGUUGCCAUCCUUUCAGCAGAACCAAAAUGUCCCAUUACUUUCCCGGAAGUUCAUGGUGAUUUCUCUGUGUAACUAUCUGGCCAUUGACCUCUCCUGGCGUGAUGCCAUCUUGAACGGCACUUGUGUACCCCCAGAUGUCUGGAGGAAGUACGAGAAGUGGCUCAGCCCUGACAACAUCCCCAAGAAAUUUAAGAACAGAGGCUACCAACCCUGGUCUCCCGGCCCUUUUAAUGAAGCUGCCUAUCUAGAAGCCAAACAUAUGCUGGAUGUAGAAAAUUCACCCCUGAUAGCAGAUGAUGAGGUCAUCGCUCAGGUUCCUGAGGCCUUCCUGGUCAGCUGUGAGAAUGACAUACUCCGUGAUGACAGCUUGCUCUAUAAGAAGCGCUUGGAGGACCAGGGGGUCCGCGUGACGUGGUACCACCUGGAGGAUGGUUUUCACGGAUCCAUUUUCUUUUUUGAUAAGAAGGCUCUCUCUUUCCCAUGUUCCCUGAAGAUUGUGAAUGCUGUAGUCAGUUAUGUAAAGGGCAUAUGAUAGUAACCCUGGGGCCCCGAGGAGGAAGGGGCAAGUAUGGACUCUACCAGAAACUGGGUGCUUUAGUGAGUUCUAUUUUAUUGACUAAAGAGGUGCUACAUCAAUGCUUGGGGCAGCUGGGAAGGGUGAGAAGUAAGCUAACAGUCUUGCUUAGUAUUCAAGAAAAUCUAAACUGUGUCUGUUUCCUUCCAGCACUAACAAUGUCCAUUGCUGGAUCUAGUGACAUUCUCUAACAUUUCCAUUCAGGUGAAAUAAAUAUCAAAAGGAGAAAAAAAUGCCUUUAAAAAUUUCUCAAAGCCCCAACAUAUAAGAUCUGUGCAGAAUAAAUGCCAACAACUGGU